GAGGAAUCUGAUUGGGCCUCCCAUUGAGAGCGCCGCCGCCGCCGCCGUCGCUCCUCCGUUUUGCAAACUCCCAUCACCUCUAUCUUCUUCUGUUGAUUUCUCCCGCAAGAGCUCGCACUCGAGGAGGAGAGGGAGAUGAGGAAGCUGCUCUCCUCGCCCCUGGCCGCGCUGUCGCUGCCGGAGAUGGCGGCGGGAGGGGUCGCGCUGGCGCUGCGGGGCUGGUGGGAGGAGGUGAACGGCUCGUCGGCGUGGCAGGACGGCGCCUUUUUCUCCCUCUCCGCCGCCUACGCGCUCGUCUCCGCCGUCGCGCUGAUUCAAUUAGUCAGAAUUCAGUUGCGGGUGCCGGAAAUUGGUUGGACCACACAAAAGGUUUUCCAUCUAAUGAAUUUCAUUGUGAAUGGAGUUCGUGCUAUUGUAUUUGGGUUUCAUGCACAUGUGUUCCUGCUUCAACCAAAAGUGUAUACUUUAGUGUUGUUAUAUCUUCCUGGUCUCUUAUUUUUCUCAACCUACACAUUGCUUGUGCUGUUCUGGGCAGAGAUAUACCAUCAGGCUAAGCAUCUUCCCACAGACAAGCUAAGGACUAUAUACAUUGCAGUUAAUAGCAUCAUAUAUGUCAUUCAGGUUUGUAUUUGGGUAUACCUUGGAAUAAAUGACAAUCCUCUCAUGGAGCUUGUUAGCAAAAUAUUCAUAUCAGCUGUCUCCUUUAUAGCUCUUCUGGGAUUCUUAAUUUAUGGUGGAAGGUUAUUCGCCAUGCUGAGACACUUCCCAAUUGAAUCAAAGGGGCGGAGAAAGAAGCUUUACGAGGUCGGGACUGUGACAGGAAUUUGUUUCACAUGUUUCUUGAUAAGAUGCAUUGUGGUGUCAUUUUCAUCAUUUAAUCCUGAACUAUCUCUUGAAGUUUUGGAUCAUCCAGUUUUGGAUUUCUUCUACUAUAUGUUGACAGAGAUACUGCCUUCUGCCCUUGUACUAUUCAUCCUACGGAAACUUCCCCCAAAGAGAGUAUCAGCACAACAAUACCACACCAUUCGUUAGAUGUAGUGCCAAGAAAUCCUUAGAAAACCCUAAAUUUCCGUUCGUCAGGCCGAAUUGUGAUUUGAGCGUGCCUUGAGAGGAUUUUUGCCAUCGAAACGCCAUGGCCAUGAUGUAUAAGAGGGUCUCCCUCAUUCUGUCAAAGGCCCAUUUUUCUGGGCAUUGUAUGUCUUAAGCUCCCUGUAUCAGUAACCUGUCUAUAGCUUUUAUACUGUCUAACAAACUUGUAUCUUUUCUGCUGAAAUGGGUGGUUUCGAUAAUUUAGUUUGAUA